UUACCUUCUCUGUCACUGGGAAAAAAACUCUCGACACAUUAGCAAGUCCUAAGCAUAUUCUUCUUAAUUGGGCGUUUAAUUCUCGCUAAAAUGGUGUUCUUAGAAGUUUAUGAGGACUUUGAGAAGGCAGCCGAGCGACUUUAUCUUAAUGCACCUAUGAAGACUCGAUGUGUGCUAAAAUAUGACCACAGCAACUGUUGCCUUAAAGUGAAAGUCACAGAUGAUGUUAUGUGCGUCCAGUAUAAGACCGACAGCCAACAGGAGCUGAAGAAAUUAGAGAAGCUGUUGAGCAGUCUGAUGAAACACAUGGCAUCCGACCAGAGAUAACUUAGCUCUUUGCUGUAGAGGUUCAAAGUUUUCCAGUCAUGUUUUCCCUUGCAAUUUACUCUUUGUUAGUGUGAUUAUGUAAUGUUUUAUAUGACAGAUAUUCAGUUUUUUUUUUGUUUUGUUUUUUUCUUUUCAUCUAUCCAUUGAAGCAUGUGACAUGACACCAGCUUCCAUAAGGAUCAUAUUUUUUGUUUCUUUUUCUUUUUUGAAGGGAAUUCUUCAUGGAUAUCUCAAAAAGGAUAAAAAAUGUUAAACUUUAAUAAAGAUACUCUUUAUAUUAUA